UGGGCGGCUCAGUUGCUGUCGGUCUCAAGCAAAUGUUGGCGCACCGCUAAACGUGAAUAAUAAGCAAAAAGAAGAAAGAAAAAAAUUAAUAUAUCAAAAUCAAAAACUCAACAAAACUUCAGUUACAGUCCCGGUUCAUUAGAUCAAUUGAAAGUGAUUUUUUGUGGUGCCAUUGUUGUUGCUGCUGCUGCUGCUUUGGGGCUGGGUCUUGUGCCAGCGAAGGUCUUUUGCAAUUAAAGCCGUUAAGCGAUACGAAAUAGCUGUGAUCGAAGCUGAAAAUGAAAGUGCUACAAAAUUUACUGUUAAUAGGCUGUUUGAUUGGCAGCCUGGUCACUGCCCAGGACUAUCAGGAUUAUCAGCCAAGCGCACCCAGAGCGGCGCCUCAUAGACUUCAUGCCAGCGCACAGGAGGAGACGCGACCCACACCAGUGCCCAUUCUCAAACAGAUCAACAAGCACAAUGAGGACGGCUCGUAUACGUACGGCUAUGAGGGUGCCGAUGGUUCCUUUAAGAUCGAAACGAAACUGGCCACAGGCGAGGUGAAGGGCAAGUACGGCUACGUUGAUGCCGACGGCAAGGUGCGCGUCGUGGAAUAUGGUGCCAAUAAGUACGGCUUCCAGCCCUCGGGCGAGGGCAUUACCGUAGCUCCACCCACGCUGGUCGACGAGUCCACCAAGGAGGAGCCCGACUACGACGAGGAGCCCGUGCAGCGACCACAGCGACCCUAUCGCGUGCAACGUCCACAGCAGCAGCAUCAGCAUCAGCCACGCCCGCAGCCCGCACCACGCCCGCAGCCGCAACCGCAGCCACAGUAUGUGCAGUAUGAGGAGGAGGAAGCGGAGCCACAGCGUCGCGUGCAAUAUGCACCGCAACCGCAAUCGCCGUCGGUGGGCCCAGCUCCGCCACGCCUACAAGUGCCCGGCGCCCAGCGCACCACAGAUGUGCUAUACUCACCGCUCCAGCGUCCCGCUCGUCCCGAGCCCGAUUAUACGCAGUCGCAGAGCUUCGGCGAAGGCCCCUCCAACGUGCGCGUUUCCCGGCCCGUCUAUGCACUGCCGCCCGCCUCGCCGGCGCCUAGCAGUGCACGUGCUCAAGGCUUCCUGGCGCCCGCAUCUGGCGGUCGUCCAUUGCUGGAGCCAGUGCACUUUGGCCCCAGCCAGGGCGCCAGUGCACAGCCCGUGCAGCAGCCACAGCCACAGCCCCAGCCACAGCGCAGCUAUCAGCCGCAGGCUCAGGGUCGUGUGGGUGCUGGCGGUGGCGGUGGAAGUCUUCUGGAUCAGCUGGCACGCGACUAUGCUUUGCCCCAAGGCAAUGCCCAGCCGCUGCACGACAUCACCUUCGGCUACUACUAGAAGUGAACUGAGGAUUUGGUAUUCGGGGUAAUGAGGCGGCGCAUCAGCCGCUACUUUGAGUCAGGUGCAUACAAUGAUUAAUCGAGUAGUUCUCCUCACCCCAACUGUGCCCCAAGCUCUACGCCUGCCUUAACAUUUCUGUUCCAACCAUACGCCAGUGAUUCCUUGCUACUAGAUUCUAGAAUCUUUAAUUUCUGUAUAUGUAUUUUCCA